CCGACAGCCCUUCGCUCCCCGCUUCCGCCCCGGGCAAUCUCUUGGCCUUCUACCUGGGUCCUCUUGCCGAGGGGCCGCUCGCGGGCCUCGCCUGGUCGGGAGCAGGGGAUUCAGCCGCUCUACGGGCGGUCCCGGCGCGGGCGCCGCCUUCUCCGAGCCGGCCUGGGCGGGGAGCGUCACGCGCAGAGGGGCGGCGGCGAGGGAGAAGGGGCGGGCCGGGCGAGCGGGGCGGGGACUCGCGGUCCUGGGACUGCUCUUAGGGCCCGGCUGGCGCCGGAGCUGCGACACCGUCGCACCUGCCACCUGCCCUGCUGCUCCCCUCGUCUGCGACACUGGCCGACACCAUGAACCCGGACCUGCGCAGGGAGCGGGCCGCCGCCACCUUCAACCCCGAGCUGAUCACACACAUUCUGGACGGCAGCCCCGAGAACACCCGGCGCCGUCGAGAGAUCGAGAACCUGAUUAUGAACGACCCAGACUUCCAGCAUGAAGACUAUAACUUCCUCACUCGCAGCCAGCGUUACGAGGUGGCUGUCAAGAAGAGUGCUAACAUGGUGAAGAAGAUGAGGGAGUUUGGCAUCGCAGAUCCUGACGAAAUCAUGUGGUUUAAAAAACUACAAUUGGUCAAUUUUGUGGAACCUGUGGGCCUCAAUUACUCCAUGUUUAUUCCUACCUUGCUGAAUCAGGGCACCACUGCUCAGCAAGAGAAAUGGCUGCAUUCGUCCAAAGGACUCCAGAUAAUUGGCACCUACGCCCAGACGGAAAUGGGUCACGGAACUCAUCUUCGAGGCUUGGAAACCACUGCCACAUAUGACCCCCAAACCCAAGAGUUCAUUCUCAACAGUCCUACGGUGACCUCCAUUAAGUGGUGGCCUGGUGGGCUCGGGAAGACUUCAAAUCAUGCUAUAGUUCUUGCCCAACUUUUCACUCAGGGGAAGUGCUAUGGAUUACAUGCCUUCAUUGUACCUAUUCGUGAAAUUGGGACCCACAAGCCCUUGCCAGGUAUUACUGUUGGAGACAUUGGCCCCAAAUUUGGUUAUGAAGAGAUGGACAAUGGCUACCUGAAGAUGGACAACUAUCGCAUUCCCAGAGAAAAUAUGCUGAUGAAGUAUGCCCAGGUGAAACCGGAUGGCACAUAUGUGAAACCCCUGAGUGACAAGCUGACCUAUGGGACCAUGGUGUUCGUGAGGUCCUUCCUUGUGGGAGAAGCAGCUCGGUCUCUGUCCAAGGCCUGCACCAUUGCCAUCCGCUACAGCGCCGUGAGGCACCAGUCUGAAAUCAAGCCAGGUGAACCAGAACCACAGAUUUUGGAUUUUCAGACCCAGCAGUAUAAACUCUUUCCACUCCUGGCCACUGCCUAUGCCUUCCAGUUUGUAGGUGCAUACAUGAAGGAAACCUACCAUCGGAUUAAUGAGGGCAUCGGCCAGGGGGACCUGAGUGAGCUGCCUGAGCUUCAUGCCCUCACUGCUGGGCUUAAAGCUUUCACCACCUGGACGGCAAAUGCUGCUAUCGAAGAGUGUCGAAUGGCUUGUGGUGGUCAUGGCUAUUCUCAUAGCAGUGGUAUUCCAAAUAUUUAUGUCACUUUCACCCCAGCCUGCACCUUCGAGGGAGAAAACACUGUCAUGAUGCUCCAGACGGCCAGGUUCUUGAUGAAAAGCUAUGACCAUGUGCACUCGGGAGAGCUGGUGUGUGGCAUGGUGUCCUACUUGAAUGACCUGCCCAGUCAGCGCAUCCAACCACAGCAGGUGGCAGUCUGGCCAACUGUGGUGGAUAUCAACAGUCCAGACAGCCUGACAGAAGCGUACAAGCUUCGUGCAGCCAGACUAGUCGACAUUGCUGCGAAAAAUCUUCAGAAUGAAAUGAGUCACAGGAAAAGCAAGGAGGUAGCAUGGAACCUAACUUCUGUUGACCUUGUUCGUGCAAGUGAGGCACAUUGCCACUAUGUGGUAGUUAAGCUGUUUUCUGAAAAACUCCACAAAAUUCAAGAUAAAUCCAUCCAAGCUGUCUUAAGGAAUUUAUGUCUUUUAUAUUGUCUGUAUGGAAUCAGUCAGAAGGCAGGGGAUUUUCUUCAGGGGAACAUCAUGACAGGGACUCAGAUUACCCAAGUGAACCAACGUAUAAUGGAGUUGCUCACUAUAAUUCGCCCCAAUGCUGUUGCUUUGGUUGAUGCUUUUGAUUUUAAGGAUAUGACGCUGGGCUCUGUUCUUGGCCGCUAUGAUGGGAAUGUUUAUGAAAACUUGUUUGAGUGGGCAAAGAAAUCCCCACUGAAUCAAACAGAGGUCCAUGAGUCUUACCACAAGCACCUGAAGCCGCUGCAGUCCAAGCUCUGAAGUGUGAGAAGGACAAGUUAUAAUGGCUCCAGAAAGCAGCCGUGUGCAUCUCCUUCCUUGCAGUGCGCACAUCUGCGUGGAAUCUCUAUCAAAUUCAUAUAGCUGUAGAGCAAAUGAUAAAUUGGCCCCUUUUCUCUUUCUAUAAAUGGAGGAAAAAAUGAACAGAUUUCAGAGAUUAAAUGAAAAAAAAGAUGCGUUCUAAGUGCAAUUAACACUGAAAGAGACUUCUCAAGCAUUCAGAAAAAGACUAAAGAAAUGCAGUGUGACUUCUAUUUGUAAUGCUGCUGAUCCCAUUAGGUCACGACUUUUGAUAAUUAGCAGAAUUUAUCUACUAAGUACUUAAUUAUUUUCAAAUUUUAAUUGCUAAUCACUGAACUCACAGGCUAUAUAAGUGUAUUUUGCUACUUUAAGCAAAAGUACUUUUUUAAGUGGGGCAGAACCCUUCCAGGCUUUUCUGCUAAAUGACCUAUCCUACUAGGAUCUUGGCUAAAAAAGUAGGACUGAAAGGCUGGGGAGCUAGCUCAAUUGGUAGAGCACUUGCCUGGCAAGCACAGGCCCUGGGUUCAAUCCCCAGCACCGCAAAAAAAAAAAAAAAAAAGUAGGACUGAAGAAGCGGGUUGGGGGAAGAAACUAAUAUAAAACUUAAUGUGAGGGAGUGUGUGCUUGGCACAUUUCCUGUGCGCUUCCCUCCUUUGGGAUGUGUUGCUCCUUUCUGGUGCACAUUAGCAUUUCCAAGAGGCCUCCUUCCGAGAGGCCCAUGGUGGGCCCUUUGUCUUACUAGUUGGGAAUUCAUCACCACUCUAGGGAUUUCUAAUUGUCAUUCAGAGGACUAUGACUCAUUUUGUCCCCAGCUUCUUAGGAAGGAAUAGAUAGCAAAGUUUAUCUCUACUUUUGGCCACUGCUGGGGCCUCAGUCAGGGUGUUGCGUCUUUUUCCUCCCUCCCUCUUGUCCUCUGAAAGAAAGGAGAAGAAGGGAGGAAAAAGCAUUCCUUGGUAGAGCACAUGUAGGAGAACCCUCAGCUGUGGCACUGCUGUAGUUUUGGUGACCUUAUUAACCAUAUUUCCUGGGACAAUCCAGAUUUUGUGUUCUGUCGUCUUGGCAUAAGCCAUUAAAAUACUUGGAGGUUACUGUGUUUGGCAUUAGAAAAAUAAAUGAAAAUGUCACUUAGGUUACCUGUUAGAUCCAGAAAUAACAGAAAAACCCUUUGAGAGAAACCAUGUAUUCUGAUUUUUGUUUAGAAAAUAUAAUCAUUGAAACAAUGACUAAAGGAUAAAUGAAAUUUCCAUAAAGUAUUUCUUCUUGUCUGACUUUAUUGUAUGCCUCAAGAGCUUUCUCCGAGUCCUAAAUUGUUCUUCCAGUUGAAAUCUAAUUUGCACAAUCAUUCUAUAUUUAAAGGUUAAACAUAUACCUGUUAAUGAAAUUUUUUUCUUAAUAUAAAAAAUGUCACUUGAUAUAUAUUUUUUUCCUUUUUUAAUACUGGGUAUUGAACCCAGAGGCUCUCUACACUGAACUAAAUCCCCAACCUUUUUCAUUUUUUAUUUUAUUUUUAGACAGGGUCUUGCUAAAUUGCAAAGAUUGGCUUCAAACAUGAAUCUCUUGCCUCAGCCUACCAAGUAACUGGGAUUAUAGGCAUGGGCACUGUGCCAGCCAAUUCUUUUUGUUUUUUAGUUUGUCGGCUAUUUAUAUCAGUGACCCCUGCCUUGUGAAAAAGUUCUAAAACAGUUCCUGAGAAUAUGGUAAAAUUCAGUGGAAACAGUUUCUGUCUGUGAACCUGACAUAAAAUCUAUCCCAGGGGAGCUGGUAAUGUGAGACUUUCAGGUUACAGCAGAAAUACUGUCUGUUGACCCAAACCUUAAUCUUCUUUCUGAGAACUAACUGAUAAUUGUGUUACGAUUGAAGAGUUGCCCUGUCACUCACUGAGUAUAUUGACAGUUCAGAUUCUAGAAAAUUAAGAAAUGAAUUAUACAACUUAAUAUUGACCAGUUAAAUGUAGAAUUAUCAGGCAUUGUACAUGCCUGUAAUCCCAGCUACUGGGGAGGCUGAGGCAGGAGAAUUGCAAGUUUAUUCGCCUGAGAAUCCUAGUGAGAUCCUGUCUCAUAAUUUAAUAAAUAAUAAUGAAAAGGGGUGGGGAUAUAGCUCAGUGGAGGACACUUGCUUAGCAUGUGGAAGGCCCUAGAUUCAGUUCCUAGCACCAGACACAAAAAAAAAAGAAUUUCAGAAUUAAUGUUUAAAUGCUGUAUUCACAAAUGAACAUUUGUGGGCAGUAUCUGCUGUCUGAACUGACCCACGUAAUGCAGCUAUAGAGCUGGGAUCUGUCUUAGCAGGUUUGCGGAGAUUGUGGGCCCACAGAGUCACUUUCAUUCAGCACCUCGAGUUUUAUUUUGAAAGUAAAUCUGACAUUUGAUACUAGUAUUUUUACUAAUAUCGGAAUGUUUUGUCUUGAACUUUGUGCAAUGUAAUCAAAGAAUAAAAAUAUAGUAAAACCUCA